AGUGAGCUAUCGACACGAAACGUCCACGAGGCGAAAGCCAUCGCGGCCAAUUCAAAUCGUCUCUGGGAAAAUGUUCACGAAAGCCACGCGCGGUCGCGAGGAAAGCGCGGCACUGCGGCUGGGAAGCGGUCCGACCAAACUGGAGCCACGGGGGAGAGAAAAACCGUGGAAAUGCACGCGCCACGUUUUCAAACCGGGUUUGUCCGCGUGCUGUCCGGCUGCUCGCCGCGCGCCGCGACCGUUUUACCGACAACGUCGCUCCGACCCCGUUACCGGCCGUUAUUGGAACCGGUCCCUGAAGCGGCAGGCUCCUCCAAUCGAGCUCACAUCGCGCAGCAGGAGAGCAACAAGAUGGCGCAGGCAAUUUUUGAGGUGCUUGAAGGCAUGGACAACCAGACGGUGUUGGCGGUCCAGUCCCUGCUGGAUGGCCAGGGGGGAGUUCCUGACCCAAACAACCAAAACGUGUCUGCAACGCCUGCUAUCCAGUCAAUGGACGACGAAGACGUUUUCCUGUGUGGGAAGUGUAAGAAACAGUUCAACUCUCUGCCGGCCUUUAUGACCCAUAAGAGAGAGCAGUGUCAGUCCGGUGCCCCCUCCCUGUCCACGGUGUCCCUGGCCUCCACCCACACGUACGCACCGGUCCCACCCAUCAGCUCUGUGCCACAAACGCCGCCAAACAGACACGUAUCCACCUACAUCACAGUCCCUCCCUCUCCGCUGACUCACACCCUGGUGCAAGGCAACGUGCUGGUCAGCGAUGACGUUCUCAUGUCGGCCAUUUCAGCGUUCACCUCCAUCGACCAGCCCAUGGCCGCCAUGCAGACGCCUGUACAGCCCGCCCAGCAGCCGCUCGCCUCUCAGGUCCCGGCCAGCCACAGCAACUCGGUGGUGCAGGUCUACAGCACCAUGCCUCAUAUGGUGGGCGGCGGCGGCGGGGGCGGGGGGGGCGGCGCGGAGAUCCACGCUUUGGGUCUGCAGGCUUUCCAUCCUGUUCAAUUGGUACAAUACCUGGUCAAAGGCCUAGUCAAAGGCCUGGUCAAACACCCGGUACAAUACCUGGUCAAAGGAAUGAUCAAAAUCCUGGUCAAACACCUUGUCAGAGGCAUGGUCAAACACCAGGUACAUAAUCUGGUCAAUUGA